AUGGAGGCGCGAAGUGUCGACAAGCCGACAGCACUCUCCGACUCACACUGGCAUCCGGGACUCGAACAUGCAUCCUCAGCAGCCGUGUGUCCAUUCGCAUUGCGUGCUCACACCUUUGUAACCCAAGCCCCAAGUAUUUUGUGCGAUUCAACUUAUGUAAACGCCUACACACACAUACGCCCCCGUACCCACACGCAGAGGAUGUUAGCAUGUCAUAACGACGGCGUGUCGAGGUCGAAAAACACUUCUUUCUGUUAUCUUCACAACCCUUUGCAUGACCGAGUCCCCUCGUCCGGCCUCGGACGACCAGUAAGUCGGACCGAAAGAAAAAUCACAUAG